UCCAUCACGUUGGUAUGGAGGUGCUGAUGACAAAAAAACUGAUAAUUAUAAUUAUCAACAAGCCAAAAUUUGAAAUUUGUAAACUAAAAAUAAAGUCAAGUUGAACUAUCCGCAAUAGUUACAAUAAAAAUAGCACACUGCACUUGCCAACUGCUAGGAAGGUUAUCGGACAUAUCGGUAAAACUUUUUUUGGAAAAAUAUGAAAUCUAUAAAGUUGUCAAACGGAAGUGAAAUGCCUUUAGUGGGACUCGGGACGUGGAGAGCUCAACCGAAAGAAAUCGAAAAUGCAGUUCAAAUAGCUUUAGAAAAUGGAUACAGGCAUAUCGAUACUGCAUUCAAUUACAACACGGAAGAGUCAAUAGGAAAAACUGUUACUGAAUGGAUUCAGUCAGGAAAAGGACGGAGAGAAGAUCUUUUUAUUACAACCAAGUUACCAAACUUUGGAAAUAGGCCUAAUGACGUGGAAAAGUUCAUCAAAUUGUCUUUGUCUAAGUUGAAUUUGAGUUAUUUAGAUCUAUACCUUAUACACAUGCCAUUUAGUUUUCACUGUGAUAAAUCGGUGUAUGCACCGCUGACUAAUGAAGAUGGGACAUUCAGUUUAGACGUUGAUAAUGAUAUCAUUAAAACAUGGAAGGAAAUGGAAAAACAAGUCAAAAGUGGUCUUACCAAAGCAAUAGGUUUAUCAAACUUCAAUGCCGAGCAGGUGCAAAGAAUAUAUGAUUCUGCAGAAAUAAAACCAGCAGUAUUACAAAUAGAAUUACAUGCAUAUUUGCAACAGAAGGAAAUGAGGGAAACGUGUAAAAAACUCAAUAUUGCUGUUACAGCUUACUCACCUUUGGGGAGCCCUGGAGCCAACACACAUUUUAGCAACAAAUACAAUUACUCAUUAAACGAUUUUCCCGACAUUCUAGGCCAUCCCACAGUCAAAAGAUUGGCUGAAAAAUAUAACAAAUCGCCAGGGCAAAUUCUGCUUAAACAUCUAGUGCAACAAAACAUCAUAGUGAUACCAAAAAGUGGAAAUCCUGAACGAAUCAAAGCAAACAUUGAUCUGUUCACUUUCGACUUAUCCCAAGAAGAUUUAGAAACAUUGAAUAGCCUUGAUAAGAAUGAAGAAGGCAGAAUAUUCGACUUCUUAUUUUUCAAAGGUGUAGAAAAACAUCCUGAAUAUCCUUUCAAAAGAAGCAAAGCCUAAACCAAUGGAUAGAAACAUGUUGAUAUCCCAUUAAAAUUUUAUUUUUUUAGA